CACACACGUCACAGAUUGUUUUCGCUGAACGUUGUUUCUGGUUUUGAUUCUGAUCUGGACGUGACAUUUUGGCUGACAACGUAGCGGAGACACGAGCGAGCCCUUUCUUGGAGUGGGGCUCCUCCUCACACGAGCGCACAUGCAGUGCCGGGACUACCGGAGUGAUGAUAGAUGAGAAAACACCGAGGGUAUCGCCUAAGCUACAGUCAACGCUAACACGAGGACAACCGAGCUAAUUACGCCUUUGAUUUCCGCUGGUCGAAUCAUCUACUACACGUAGAUGACCCCAAGAUGCAGCCAGUAGACCCUGGUCCUCUGAUGACCGAGCAGACCAGCAGCCUCGAAGGCGUUGCCAUUCCUCAACUUGAACGCAAAGAUGUUGGUUUCGCCGAUGCUGUCACCUGCUUCCAGCACGCGCUCGUUGCCUCCGCGACUGCCAGAAGCCACGUCAAGUCUUAAACGCCAGCCAAAGCGGUCGCUGAAGGACCGCUUCGCAGCUGUUCAUGUGUUCAUGGGCUUCUUGAUGUCGAUCAUCGGCGCUGGGAUGCUUUCUGUGCCCUACACGCUGGUCCUCGUGCCAACCUGGCAGGCAAUCACUGGUAUUAUCUUUGUCGGAGCAGCCAUGUCGUGCACGGCCAACGCUCUACUGCACGCAUACGUACACGCAGCAGCGCGAGCGGAGUUCGAAGCGCACGCACUGGGAGCUGGCAGUAAAUUUGUCGGGUUCCAAGCGUUGGCCCGACGUGCAGGAGGACCAGCACUCGGUUACGCCGUGUCGUUGAUCAUGGCAACUGGUGUCUACGGCGGCUGUGUGGGCAACAUCCAGAUUAUCCGCGACUUGACUCCCUUUGUGGUUAAACUGGUGGAUAGCGACGUCAAUGAAUUGACUGAAAGUGGACAAGAAAACGUCGAGCAGAUCGUUAUGUGGGCGUUGCUAGCAGUGGUGCUAUUGCCAUUGUGUAUGCUUCGCAAACUGUCAGCACUUCAGCCUACAAACUACGUGAGUUUCGUGUUGUCAAUUUACCUUGUGGGUGCUGUAGUCUAUCGCUCUCUCGAAGGAUACAGCCCUACAGCCGUCGAACCUCUGGAAUCUGAUCAAACGAACGAGGCGCAAGUGUCCGGUAGUGUGGCAACUGGAUCACUGGAGAAUAUAUCUACAGCUUCAGACUCGUCUCCUCUUCAAGGCAACGACUUUACUCGACUAGCUCAAUCGCUCUCCAUCUACAAUUUCGCAUUCAUGAUGACACUCAACUUGUUGCCAUUAUUUGUGCAACUUCUCAAAGCCAAUGGUGGUAGCAACAUGAGAAGAGGUGGGGCAAUGAGAAACUUCACGACAUUCGUGACGGCGCCCCCACUCUUGGCUACUCGUUCUCAAAUGAUGAAAUGUAUCUUCGGGUCGACAUUUAUCUGUGCAGUUCUCUACGGUGCAAUUGGCUGUGCCGCGUUUGAUCUCUAUGGCGAUCACAUCGACGGCAACAUUUUACUGAACCUGCAAAGCGACCCAGUCAUGAAAAUCCCACUCGUUGCAACGUAUUUGACCGUAUUAUUCACGUUCCCAUUGCUUUUCCUCCCGCUACGCUCACUGGUCGAGGAAUUAUUGGGUCAGAUACUCAAAUCGGACGAUCUCGAGUAUGGGCAAUUUUCAGACGAAAAACAGAAUGAUGGUCAGAGUGAAUAUCCUCUUCUUACUCGACUGGCGAUUGUGUUGGCAUUACUGUGCAGUCAGCAAGUGAUUGCACUCAAUGUGUCUGGUAUCGAGGUUGUGUUUUCGCUCAUGGGGGCUACAAGUUGCCUGGUUAUCUGCUACGUUUUCCCUGUUAUCGCCUUCACAAACGUCUACCCUUGGCGUCGCAUUCGUCACGGAUUUAUUUGGCUUGCAAUGUUGUGGACGGUUGUGGCUAUUGUGAUCAUCCAAGGUGCCACGUGUGUUUGGCUACUUCUCAUAUUGUAGCUGAUAAAUUACUGACGCGGAUCAACGAGAGAGUUACAUUUCUCACUCAAGUACAGAAAUUUACCUGCUACAGCGCCGAGCUGUAUUCCCAAUAAAUGAAUUUGUCUUCCACGUCCACUUGCUGCAUGUUAUGCUCCUCCAUCCACUUGUUUGUGGCCCAGUCUGCUCGACUGACUGCAAAACUGACACCUUCGAGUGCAUCUCCGUAUUUAUCGAGUAGCCACUGAGCCAUUUCGACGAAACGAACUUCCAGAUCUUCCCACUCAUCGCGUAAGAAACAAAUUCCUUCUUCGCAGAUAUCGUGUUGAUAGUUGUUGUACAGGAACAGAAUCACUGGGAUGUGAUGUCCCAACACUGCGUCUCUCAUUGCAGUCGGCGAGCACUCGUCUGCACCACUAGCAUGUAGCCAUUCUAAAACUUGCAAAUGUCCACUGGAUGCAGCCAUAUCUACCACGUCGGACGUCAGCCGCUCGUUUU